AUUACUUUUGUUUGUUUAUGUAUGUAUGUUUACGUUGAGCAUAUUUAGCAAGUGGUAUCUUUGUAACGCAAGCAACAACCUGAUCAUUUCAGUAAUUAAGUAUGAAAGGAUUUAAAGAGAACAAAGCUUCUAAUUUAAAUAAUAAACGAGUCUCGUCGUUUGCUGCUCGUUUGGCAAUGGAAUUCCCAGGCAACCAAACUUCUAAUUACGAUCCUUUAGUCUCAUGGAUAUCAGCUGUCCGUGAAAACUAUUCUGAAAAUGCGAUAGAAAGUUCGGAUAAUGAUAAUCAAGACAAUGAUUCAAAUUGCGACGCACUGGUCGUUUAUAAAGAUGAACCAAAACAUACUAGAUAUUCUUUUUCAACUGGUUGCGCUCGUUUAUCGUAUAUGAAAUCCAAUGACAAGCAUAAGGAUUCCUUGAAUUUAAACGAUACUCAUACUAAUGCUAUUAAUCGUAUACCGGUUAGGUCAGUAUCUGAUAAAGUACCGCGUGUUAAGUCAGAUCAUCAACACCUGGUAAAAAACUCGAAGCCAUCAGACGUAGAAGAGAAAGAAAACAUUGGCUCCGUGGAAAUCAUUGAGCUUGAAUCAGAAGAUGAAAAGUUAACCGUCCACUCCCCUGAAAUUAUGAGUGAUGCAGAGAGUUGCAGAGUUUCACUGAUGGAUGGUUUAUCAAGCAUGGAAAACGGUUAUCCAGUUGAUGGCCAAGGGUCCUUCGUUGACGUCGAACCGGUUCGCUACAAUCCUAAUGAUGAUUUGAAGGAACAGAUUGGUUAUUACCAAGAAUACACCGACAGGUUUUUACUCAAAGAAACUAUAAUGAACUGGGAAGAAAGAGAACCUACAAUUACGGAAAUUUUAUCGAGAAAAUACUUAGAGGACCUUGCCAGUCGUGACCAUCGUAGUGGUAUCAAACCGUUCUUUUUUUCCUGAAAUUUACUAUGUUGAUAGUGUUUAGUAUAUAGAAUGUGUAUUAUUCACCAAAAAUACCACCA